GUGUGUGUGUGUGUGUAUAUAUAUAUAUAUAUAUAUAUAUAUAUAUAUAUAUAUAUAUAUAUAUAUGUGUGUGUAUAUAUAUAUGUAUAUGUAUAUAUAUAUGUAUAUGUAUAUAUAUGUGUGGUCAGUGUGGAUAUCAGGGCCUUCAGUGUAAACACUUUAAAUUCAGUUACAGUUCAUCUCAUGUCUUCAUUUCAAAUUCUCAGGUCAUGUGAGUAAUUUUUCUGUUUUCUUGUGGUUCUUUUCAUUUAUUUAAUGACUCAUUUGAACCGAUUUAGAAAAUAUUUUGAAUGAAAGCACAAAACUAGACUAAACCUGCUGGAAAAGGGGCCAGUCUGAAUACAAGAUAGUCCUGAUCCAAUUUAGACUGGACUAAAGCCUGUGGUCAACUUAGACCAGGUCCAGUCCUCUAAACUUAAAGCAAAGUUAACUCAUAAAUGAACUCUGUGGAUCAGAGCAGAGUUAACUCUCAUAAAUGAUCUUGUUGGAGUGUGUGUUUCCAUGCACUGGUGUUAAAAUGACCUUUGACGUCUGAGGCGCGGCACUAAGGCGGAGUACCUGUAACUGAUUAACUCCAGCAGACUUUACACUCUCAUCUUUCCUGGUUGGUCUAUCUUUUGACACCGAAGGUAAGACAAACUUUUUUAACACUUUUCAUUUGAAUAUGAUUGAAUGAGGGUGUUAAACAGACUGUGGGUGUUAGACUGUGGAUGUUAACAGACUGUGGGUGUUAAACAGACUGUGGGUGUUAAACAGACUGUGGGUGUUAGACUGUGGAUGUUAACAGACUGUGGGUGUUAAACAGACUGUGGGUGUUAAACAGACUGUGGGUGUUAGACUGUCGGUGUUAACAGACUGUGGGUGUUAAACAGACUGUGGGUGUUAGACUGUCGGUGUUAACAGACUGCUGCUGUUCCCUGGAUGAAGAUGAGCCAGACUUCAGAUGAAGACAACGAGAUCUGCUUCACAGUGAAGUUUCUGGGUCGAGUUGAGGUGGAGCGCCCACAUGGACUCCAGGUUCUGGAAGAAGCAGCGCAGAACCUCAAGACUUCAGAUCCAAAGUCUUUAGAAAAAGCAGCGAAGCAGAAGAAAGUCCAUGUGUUUCUGUCUGUGAGUGGGAUCGACAUUCUGGAGACGAAAACCAAGUUCCUCUUGUACUCUUGUCCUCUGUCCUCCGUCUCCUUCUGUGCCGUCCUGCCAUCUUCAGUCCAGACCUUCGGCUUCGUGUCCAAACAUCCAGCGUCCGACACCUUCCACUGUUAUCUGUUCAGCAGCAGGAGGAUGUCUCAUGUGCUGGUGUCUGCAGUUGGUGAUACGUUCAGGGCCUCCAGGAAAGAGGAACACUCCAGAGGAGGCAGAGACCUGAUAGUGGAGGCACUGAGACACAAGAAUAAAAUACUGCAGAGAGAGAAUGAAGAUCUGAAGAGGAGGAUGAAAGGACAAAGGGAAUAACAGGAUAAUAUGGGCCCUAGAGUUAGAGUCUGGGGUUAGGGUUAGGGUUAGGGUCCAUGUAUGUAUGAGUUAGAAAUGAGCCCAUAAAUGUGGAAGAGUCUGAAUAAAACAUGUGUUUAUGUGCUUUGGAUGUUUAUGUUAAUGAAGCAUGAACCAUUUAUGGAUUAUUAUCACCCAUCCAUCCAUCUUCUUCAUCUUAGCCUGGUCCUGGACUCAUCAGUCUAAUGGAUGUCCAGACUCCUCCCUCUCCUCAGUCUCCUCCCUUUCCUCCUCAGCUGGUUCCUCUGGAUGUGGGGGAGCAGAACAUCUGCUCUGAGCUCCUCCCCUGUCCCUAAGGGUGGACCCACCUACUCACCCACCCUAACCCUAACCCCACCCUACAGAGGAAAGUCAUUUCAGAUUCAGGAUCUGGUCCAUGUGGUCCAGACCCAAAGAUCCUGAACAAAGAAGAGAGAAGGAACGAAGUCUGAGCAGAAAAUGAAGAGAUUCACGUGUGGUUCUAAAUGACAGAAUAAACACUCUGGUGUAUUUCAGGUUGAUUUAAAACAUUUUAAAGUGUUUUUUGAACAUGCUCCAAAAAUAAUUUUUUAGUAAGGCUAUAGUAUGACGUCCAAAAACGGACAUUUUGGACAUGAUUACAAAAAUGUCUAAAAUGUGAUUUAGGAGGUUCUAAAUGACAUAAACACUCUCUGGUGUAUUUCAGGUUGAUUUAUAAUGUUUUGAGGGUUUUUUUGGACAUGCUCCAAAAAUGCUUUUUUAGUAAGUCUAUAGUAUGACGUCCAAAAAUGGACAUUUUGAACAUGAUUCCAAAAAUGUCUAAAAUGUGAUUUAGGAGGUUCUAAAUGAUAUAAUAAACACUCUGGUGUAUU